GACGCUUCGUGGAGAAAAAGGAAGCGAAUAUAAAUAUAAUACAAUUUACCAGGAGGAAUAACCCCUUAUCUUUAAAUUACACACAAUGGCCUACAAGUGGGUGCAAUCUUCGGCCUACUCCUCCCUUCCCGAGGAGGCGGUGGUGGGCGGCAACGAUGAGGACGGCGCCAUGAUUUACGUGGGCAGGGCGGAGCACGAGGGCGACAUGUUGGUCUGCAAGGUGGUGCCCAGCAAGCAGCUGGGAUUCAUUUCGCAGCGGGGCGAGGCCCUGCCCAAGGACAUCUUCGAGGUGCUGUGCGGCCAGAACCUGGUGUGGAUCAAGUGCUACGACCAUGUGAUACCCGAGAACGCGGUCCUCUGCGGACGCACUUCGCUGGAUCAACCGGUGUACAUAGGUCGUGGGCAUUACGAGGGUCACCUGAUCAUCGGCAAGAUCUCCUCCGUCCAUCGCGCCCUGUUCAUUGCCUAUCGUGGAGCCGAACGUCGCCUUGAUUCCUACGAGAUUCUUGUGGAGGAACGUCGAGUGGUUCCGGGUUGGCAACUGCCUCCUCCUCCGCCACUAGAGGAGCCGGAAAAGUGCCCACUCACCCCACCACCACCACCUUUUCCGCCGGCGAUGGCUCCUCCUCUGGCUGCCAAGCCGUAUCCCUAUCCUGAUCUGGGUGCCAUGCCUUUUCCCUUGACUGACAGGCCUCCGGCCUAUACACCCACACCGGAUCCACUGCCUCCGGUUGGAGGUGUGAUGGUGAUGCCUCGUCCCACUCCAACACCGCCUGCAGGAGGAGUUCUGGUGAUGCCACCUCCCCCUGCAUCGUUCACCCCUGCAGAAGUUUCCGUGGCGCCAGCACCUUCCUUUGUGCCCGCAGAGGUUACGGCAGUAUCCCUUCCAGUAGGACCAUCAUUUACACCAGCUUCCACUUAUAAUCCUUACGACGCAGGAUGCUCCUCCUAUACUCCGGCUGAAUGUGCGGGUGCUCCGGCAUAUGAUGCCUAUGGCUAUGGCAACAACUAUGACGUUUGGGUGUCAGCUGAACCGGGAUACUAUUACUCCCCAGAUGCCGUGGUUGGAGGUCACGACAGCAACAUGGAGCAGUUGUUGGUGUGCAGAGCCUAUUACCGAGGUGUCCAUGUUCCCGGAAAGGCGGUUCCCAGCCGGGGAUGUGCCUAUAUAGCCCACGGAGGCCGUGAGAUCGUUGAGCCCACGUACCAGAUGUUGGUGGGCAAGGGCAAAUACCAUUGGGUUCCGUCCUACGACGGAAACGUUCCACCCGGAGCAGUUGUGGCCGGAAGGACCCCUGGCGGAGAACCGCUUUUCAUUGGACGGGGUCACUACUGUGGAAGUCUCACCCCCGGCGUGAUUGAAACAUACAACCGAUGCCUACAAAUCCCUUACGGAGGUCAAGAGAUCCGGCUGAGCAGCUACGAAGUCCUGGUCAGGAGUGACAUUUUUCACAGACAACAGGCCAUCCGUUUGAUGUAUUGAAGACAACCUAUGUAAUCAUAUUUAAUAUGAAAACCGAAAGCAACGAAACCAUCCAACGACAUGAUACUAUACUAUACAUAUUUUUAAAAGCUGUUAAACUACUAAAUAGUUACAUUUAAUAUCAAUUUAAAAUGCUAUCUACAUAUCCAAAGUUUUAAAAAUUUCCAAGUGCAGCUACCGCGGAAUUACCAAAGAACUUAACUAGAACCAAAUCAUUUCCUGUAUAAAGUUACUAAGUAAAUAAAACUAUUUAUUAUAUAUUA